AUGUUGGCUCUUCGAGACCAGGAAAACCUCGUCCACACGCACCAAACCGUUGCCGCGUCGAAGCCGUUGAAUCAAAGCACCAAGCAACUGCAACCGAAGACCCCGGGAAAUCGAGCUCCAAAGACGCCUUUUAAAGUGCCACUGAAGGAUGAAAAUGACCCACUAGCUUUCGGAAAGAAGACUGUGAAGACCAUCGGCAAGCAAAAUGAGAACGCCAGACCUUCUGUCAAAGAUGCCUUCGUCACUCCUAUGGGUGACACACGCCAGCGAGCACCCUUGGGUAUGAAAACGACCAACGCCAAAGCGAAAGGCCUACAGACCCCGGCAGCGCCCGCUGGAACUAUAAAGCCAGAAAGGACAACCAAGAAAGGCUCUACACAACGUGUGAAAAAAUUCUCCCCAUUUGUUGAACAGCCGCAGCCAGAGGUCCAUGUCCAGCCCCCUCAGGAUGAUGUUCCCGAUAUCGAGUACAUGCCACCCAAGCCAAAAGAACUUCCUGAUUAUCCUGAUGAUAUCACAUAUGAUACCUCAUUUCCUCAAUUCCAGCCCAAAAACCUGGCACUUGGGUUGGAAAGCGUUUAUGGAGACAAUGAGGUUGGACGAGAUGGCCUCACGAAACGGCAGCGCAAAUUCCAAGAGGAUUCGAGGGCGUAUGACAAGAUGAUUGAUGAAACUAUCUUGAAACAGGUCGAGAGCGUCGGCUUCACUGAAGCUGAUGAAGACGACCAUCUGGCCCAGGCCCCAGUGUCAGAGAUCCCUCAGCGCCGUAUUCAUGCACGACAGCCCCGAGUCGCUUCAGGAAAAUCAAAAUAUUCUGCCGGUGUUUCUACAGUCCGUGCUAAGGACGCGGCCAAAGCUCUCUCUAGCAAUGAACGCUCUGUCCCACGAACCAGGGCCGCUCCUAUCAUGAAACCCAAAGCCAGGAUUACCUCGUCACUGUUUCCUUCCAAGAAGCCUAAGGCCAUUCCCACCAACCCUUCUCCCAUGCGCCAUACUGCAGCUAUAGCAGACUCCCGGACAACUGUGGGCUAUACCAAAGGCCGAGAAAUGUCAUCUCGCUUAAAUGGCAAGGUCAAAAGUCCUACAGCUAAGCAGCCAGCAAGCAGAGCUCUCUCUCCCGAGGUCUAUACUCAACCUCACGAGCCUGCUCUUGCCAAUACGGAAAGCGAACAGCUGAUGGAAGAAACUUUCCCCACCUACGAAGAAGACGAGGAAACCCAGAACUUCCAGCUAACAUUGUGA